UUUUUUUUUUUCUAUUCUUUUGAAACGUCGGGUUCACCAAAAUUAGAUUCAUAAAAUGGGUAUCGUUGAAAAGAUCUCUGACAUUGAGAACGAAAUUAAGCGUACUCAAAAGAAUAAGGCUACCGAGUACCAUCUCGGUCUUUUGAAAGCCAAGUUAGCAAGAUACCGUGUUCAACUUUUAGAAGGAGCCAAGACCAAAUCCGAAAAGGGUGAAGGUUUCGAUGUCAUGAAAUCAGGUGAUGCGCGUGUGGUCAUGAUUGGUUUCCCAUCCGUCGGUAAAUCCACCUUAUUGUCCAAGUUGACACCUACCGAAUCAGCUGUUGCAGGCUAUGAGUUCACCACCUUGACUUGUGUUCCUGGUAAAUUUCAAUACAAGGGCGCUAAUAUUCAAUUGCUCGAUUUGCCCGGUAUUAUUGAGGGUGCUUCUCAAGGUAAAGGUCGUGGUAAACAAGUCAUUGCUGUUGCGCGUACUGCUGAUGUUGUCUUGAUGAUGUUGGAUGCCACCAAAUCUGCACAACAAAGACCUUUAUUGGAAGCAGAAUUAGAAGCAGUCGGUAUUCGUUUGAACCAAGGAUUUCCUAAUGUUUCUUUCAAAAUCAAAAAGGCGGGUGGUAUCAGUUUCAACGCAACUCUUAAAUUAACCAUGAUUGAUCAAAAGAUGGUGCACAACAUUUUGCAUGAUUACAAAAUCUUCAAUGCGGAUAUCGUUAUUCGUGAAGAUAUUACGGUAGAUCAGUUUAUUGAUGUCAUUCUCGGCAACAGAAGAUACAUCAAUUGUAUUUACUGUUACAACAAGAUUGAUCAAAUUAGUUUGGAAGAAGUGGAUCGUUUAGCACAUGAGCCUGAUACGGUUGUUGUCUCUUGUGAAGAUGAUCUUAAUUUAGACUAUCUUAUUGAAGUGAUCUGGAGAAAGUUAAAUUUGAUGCGUGUGUACACAAAAAAGAGAGGAGAGUACCCUGAUUUCAGUGACAGUCUCAUUGUCCGAAAUGGAGCUUCAAUUGAGCAUGUGUGUCAUGCUAUUCAUAGAACUUUGACAGAUAAUUUCAGAUAUGCUUUAGUUUGGGGUACCUCUACAAAACAUAACCCACAACGUGUUGGUAUUCAUCAUUUAGUGGGCGAUGAAGAUGUAGUUCAAGUUGUCAAGAAAUAAAAAUAAAAAUAACAAUAGUCUCUUUAUUCUUCCAUCAUUUCUUCCUUAUCCCCUUCUACUUCCUCA